CAAAACUUCAAAUGACUCUUUGAAGGGGAGAUUCUCCAGUUCGAAGAAGAUGUCUCUUCUCUGUUUCAACUCUCUCGCUCCUCUCUCUUCCCCAAAGCUUCAACUAUCGUCUUCCGCUUCACCAGUUUUAAGCCUUAAACCCAACACCGUCGACACCAGGAACAGAGUCUCUCUCGCUGCUUACAACCUUAGCAGUAGCCAUGGAAGAGCAGUAAUUGUGAAGGCAGGUGCUUCUGGCCUGGACGGAGCUGAGCCUGAGAGCAAUGAGGAACCACCGAAGACUGUUGCUGCUGCUGUUCCAGUUGACAAACUGCCAUUGCAGUCAAAAGAAGCUAAAGAGAAGCUACUGCUUGAACAGAGGAUGAAGAUGAAGCUGGCCAAGAAGAUUAGGCUGAGAAGGAAACGUCUGGUUCGUAAGCGUAAGUUGAGGAAGAAGGGUCGAUGGCCUCCUUCCAAGAUGAAGAAGCUUAAGAAUGUCUAGACAUGAUCAUGAUGAUGACUCUUUACUUGUCUUUCAAUUCAACUUGUUUUGUAAUGUCUGUAAACUUUCCUGAACCAUAUUUAUGAGUUUUGAAAUGCAAACAUUGUUUUGGAUUAGUCUCAACCUGAGAGUUCUAUAAGAG